AUGAAUAUUUACAUAACGUACAUUGGAUAAUCAACAUUUUAGAUUGUAUUUAGUAAUUGAUAAAGAAACUGCCACUUAGUAACCUUAAUAACAUUGUCUUUCACUCAUUAUCUACACAAUGAAGGUUGAGAGUUAAAAGUUGUUUUAUUUUAUGGAUAUUAGACAAAAACGAAAGUUGUUUCAUUACUUUUGUCAACAUGAUCCGUUUACAACAUAUUCGACAUUGUGAUUACUCCGGUUAAUUGAAAUGUCCACAACAACGAAUCUUAUGAUAUUUGUAGAUGGAGUUCCAAUUGUUGGUCACGUCAGAUCUAUGAUAUAUUAUUAUCGAGGCCAGAGGAAACAAGCUGUCAAAGCAUUUAUGCGUGCAACCCACAAUACAGGAGUGACAUGUUUUGGAGUUUUGGGAAGAGCUCUAACUGAUCCUCCAGAAUCAAUUACAGACAUUGUUGCAGGACCUGUUGCAGGAGGUAUCAUAGGAGGAAUAUGUGUUGAUGCAUUAAUAAGUGCAUUCAAUUUAAUGUGCUACGGAUAUGUCAGUUAUGCUAAAAAGUUGAUGAAUCGGAACUUUAAGGAAAACGAUCUUUUAGAUUUAGGAAAAUUGACAUUCAAAGACGGAAUGAUUGGACUAUCAGCCUUUCUAGUAUACAUGAUUGCUACGCACGUCGAAAAACAAAAUGAAAUAAACGGUCAUAUUUUAACGGAUGAAACUAAAGGCCACGGCACCGAAAUUAAAUGUUACUCAAAUGUAUGUGAAACACAAGUAAUUACAAAAGAAAGCGGUUAUUCCAGAGAUUUAGGAAAUGUCGUCCUGCCAUUACUUUUCGAAAAAACGCAAGAAGUUAAAAAAAUUAAAGUAGACAACAUUUUGCAAUUAAAACCUGGAGAUCAUAUCGUGUAUGAAAGAAGGAUCAGUGAGAAGUCACAUUUAUAUGAUCAUCACGCUAUAGUCGGGGAAGUACUUCCUGAAGAGGGCAAAUACACAGUAUACGAACAAUCAGCACCGUCUAAUAAGAAUGAAUUAAAAUUAACGGGGAAGGCAUCGAUCAAAGAAAUUGAAAAGCGUUUUGAUAAUAAAUCAUUGUAUAAGAUAGAUCACGGAAAAACAGCUUUGUCGAAUUAUGAAGUUCAGAAAAUGGCGCAUUUCAUUUGUCAUCAUGGCUCUCAUCUAGACUUUAUGAAAACCUACAAUUUGCUUUUUAAUAACUGCGAACACUUUGCAAAUUUCUGUGCAACAGGGCAACGGGAGAGCUAUCAAAUUCAACAAUCUACUGUAGUAGGAAUUAGCCGUGACAUAUUUGGUAUAUUCAGAUUUUAUUACUACCAAUUAUAUGCAAUUUGGUACUUUAUGAAAAUUAUCUUUUCCGUUUUUAAAAGUUGUAUACAAAUUAUAGUUACAGUCUCUAAAGGUUUGAUCAGAAAGAUUAAUCAGAAAAAGCGUAAUCACAAUGCAUCAGGCUUGUGAAUGCUAGAAUAAUGAAUUAGACCAAAAAAUAUAGAGCAGAAAGACACAUACACAAUUGUCAAACUAUUAACCAAAAAUCAAACCGUCCCUGAUACCCAAGAUACAUUAGACAUCCGACAAUUUGACAAUAUUUAAUUCAAAUCUGACUGUUGAAGGCCUCACUGUGAUUUUGAGAUGAAGAACAGCUUUUUGUGUUUUUUUGCUGUGCAAAGAAUUUCUGUCAUGAAUGGACACCCCAUAUCCUGUCUUUUCUCUUUAGUUAUAACCCUAGAACGUACCAAAUUCAAAAAGAGGUUCAUGUAAAUUGAUAUUCCCGAAUCCGCAUGAAAUAAUCAUUCUAGGAAAAAGAAUAGUAUUUAAAAAAAAAUGUACACUUUAAUAUGGUGCUGGUGAUUUCAAGAUAAGAAGAAAAAAUAGUAUUUUGAAUCAGUGAUAGCAGGAUAUAAGAAAUUAAUUGAACUUUUGAUAUGCACUUUGCAUAACUAGUUGGCGUUCUACAGGGUUGAUGUUUUGUUAUUUAUCAAUGAAAUAAAAAGUUAAUGUCUAAGAGUGAAAAUGAAAAGACCUAGUUAAAUUAUACGUGUUUGAAUGGGGGAAAAUAGUGUUUUCUGUUCUCUUUUAGUAAUUAAACGUUUAUAAAAAACGGUAAAAUUGAGAAAAAAAUCUACAAUAAUUAAGCGAUGUUUUCCAUCAAAAUAAAACUAUUUAGACAAUUGUCUAGACCGCAGGGAAGGCGUUUAAUUUUAAACAAGUUUUAAAAUUAUUAUAGAAGUCUAACAACAAAAGUAAUAUGAUAAGUUGCCAAGUGACGAAAAUUGCAAAGAAACUAAUGAAAGACUUUAUCCGUUAUUACAACUUGUGUAUCAAAUGCAUUCAAUUUGUUUGUGUUUCUUCUUGUAAAUAAUACUGACUAAAGGCAUGUGAUUACUUGUGAUAUGUUUGUUGAAAGGUUUUCCUGACGGCUCUGUAUAAUAAUGAUGAAUUAACUUUAUAAUUUGUAUAAUAUUGUUAUGUAAAUGUAAUUUUGUAUUAUUAGACAUGUAAGAUGACGCACCAAACUUAUCUGUGGUUCAUGUUUUGGAAUUUUGACAUUUGUUCUAAGGUCAAACUUUUUUUAUAUUCAAACAAAUGCAAUUAUAUUAGCGUAAAGAAACACAUCGCUAAUGAGGAUGUCUGGCUUCACUAUAAAUGAUUUCACUGUUAGUCAGUUUGGUUUAGGAUAUUAUUUCAAUGUCUUAUAUUACGACAUUUAUUUUUGUUUUCUUUUUGUAUGAAAAGAAAAUUGGUAACCUAUAGCUGUUAACUUCUAUGCAAUUUGGUCUCUGGUGGAGAGUUGUCUCAUUAGCAAUUAUACCACAUCUUCUUAUUUUUAUAUCCACUGCACAAAGCAAACAUGAAUACAUGUCCAUAGGACACAAUUACACACUCACACUAUCGUAUUCCCCUGUUCGGUGAAUCACGAAAGCUGAGCCAAAUCUUUAUUUGCAUCAUAAUGAAAAUGUUUACUAGGUGUUAAGUAAUGUGACCAUAACUUCUUGGUAAACUACCUUGACCAAAAACUGUCAGCUGAUACUGGACGACGUUUCCAUAUCAACUAAUCGUCUCGUAUAGACCAUGACAUAACAACAAAUGCAGAAGUUAGGUAUUACAAUUUUAGUUUAACAUAACUUUAAUUGAUCUUUACUCGUGUUAUUUCUUUUUAGACUGUUCAUCCUAAUUCUCUUUAUCGGUCAUGUAAUAGGGUUUGCUCCCUUUUUCUAUAUUGUUUAUUUCCCCUACUUUUCGAAGUACGGGACUUAGGUAACCCCCCCCCCCCCCCCCCCCCCAAAAAAAAAGAAAAAAAACCCCACGAAAAUCAGUUGUCCAAUUUCAUUAUUAUAUGUUAUUGGUAAGACAAUCAACGGCAAACACGAUUGUUUAUCGAUUGACUCUAUUUCGUUUUAUAUAUUUUUUUAAAUAUCACGAAAUAUUAUUGCAUUCAAUAUAAUAAUGAAAAGGAGACAAAAAGGAUAACCACAUUUAAGGUAUGUUUGGUUUGAAAAAGGUAUGACCUACAAUGUUGUCAGCUAAUGCAACAUGUAUUAAAGUAAAGAGUUAAAGCCAUAAACCGUCGUGCAUGCUUAUCAACUUUUCUUUGAAAGAUCUUUAACGAAAUCCAACAUUAAAGAAUAAUCUUAUAUUCAAUAGAUUGAUUAUAGAUUAGAUUAUAGCAUCACAUGUUCACAGGAAUUUCGUUUUUGAUAUAUAACAUUGGAUCAAUUUCACAAUACAUAAGGAAAGCUUUAAGUGUCGUUGGUAAAAGAAGGCCGUUGAUAUUCGAUUCAAACUAUUUUCCUGUGAUGGCGUGUAUUGUAUUUCGUAUAGUAAUUCGGGUCUGAUCUUUCAAUGAUGCUGGUUUCCUGAGCUCCUCAAAUAUGAAACCAUUUGUGUUGAUUCCAGUUAUGAUGUCCGAUCUUUUUAUAUUCAACGGUAGUACAUUUCUAAAUUUUAGUUCAUGUUUAAUUAAGAUAUACAAGAAGAAUAAAUUUGUGAAUUCAUAA